AUUGUUACCCAGAAAUGAUUUGAUAAUGAGAUUAAAACGGCUGCAUUGGACCUUAUAAAAAUUCAGCUGUAGGCUGGUACACUCUUUUUGGGUGGGGAGAGAUGGUCGAAAGCCAUUAUAGGAGAUAAUCAUAAAUGUCUGACCAUUCAGCACCGUCUACGAGUGCGUCAAGAGGGUAGUUCUGUGGAGUUGCGCUUGUUGUAAGGUAGCCUAUGACCUUUACGUCAAUAUAUGGAGGAUGGGAAGACUGCUUCAGCUACUGAUAUUGGCUUUUCUACUAUUGAUCUGCAUUUAUGUUUUAUUUGUAUGUCAAUUCAACCAGUGCCUACUGAAUGUGUCACCAUCCAAUCAUCUCAAAUACCACCACACUAGCUUCACACGUCGUCGUAGUGGAAUCACCAACAGGACAUUUACACCAACCAAUGACUCCUUAAUAAGUAAAGAGGAAUGGGAAUCUCUGCUCACAGAGCUACAAUGGUCAUUACCGCCUGUUGUCCUCUUAUCCACAGAUGAGGCCACAAACCCCACUAAGUGCUCAUUCUCUGUUGUCAACCCCAAUUCAAACCACAGAGUUGGAGGGUUUAUAGAUGUGAUUUUGAUAGCUAGAGAUACUAAAAACAGGAUCAAAACCUACGGAGGGGACUUUUUUCAGGCCAAGUUGUUUAACUCAGAACUUAAGGCCAGUACUUAUGGAGCUGUAACAGACCACUUUAAUGGCACCUACACUGCCCGCUUGGCCCUGCUUUGGUCCGGACCUGCCAAGGUGUCCAUCCGGCUAGUGCACUCCAGCGAGGCCGUGCAGGUACUGUGUAGGCAAAGGGAACAGGACCCAGAUAAGGUCUACUUCCAAGGCUACUUUGAGGAGGGUGGCAAGCAGGAAACGGUGAUGUGCAAUGCCCAGAGAAGUCCUAGGCUGGUGGGGAAUGACGCACAGUGUUGCUGUGAGUACAGAGAGCCAGUCACUGGGGAGACCUGGUUCUGUCGUCGGCCAUUUUCCCUGCCUUGCCAUGCUUUGACCUACCACAGCAUGGGCGGUUACCAGGCAGUACUCUCCAAGGUGGAGACGACCCUUCUUAAGAGUUCCACAAACAUUAUUGUACCAGGUGACGAUUCAGCUAUCGAUGUCCAGCAACAGGACACUGAAAUCCGAUCACAAACAAAAUGCCGUCCUGGUUUGCACACCUCAGUACCAGCUGGAUUCUACCUCCAGGAUCACUGGACGUCCUUGGUGUGUGACUCAAAAUCCUUUCCCUCAGCUAAACUGAUAUCUGGAUGCCUGAAGGACAAACAGAUCCUUAUGAUGGGUGACUCCACUCUCCGUCAGUGGUUUGACUACCUGGAGGAAACUGUGCCAACAUUGAAACGCCUGAACCUUCACACAUCAAGCAAAUCGGGCCCCUUUGAGGCAGUCGACACCCAGUCCAACACCCGUAUCAUCUGGCGGGCCCAUGGGAUACCUAUACGGACAAGCAAGACCCCCUGGGCUGACCUACACUACAUCGCCAGGGAGGUGGAGGGUAUGGCAGGGGGUGCACACUCUGUAGUCGUCUUCACCAUCUGGGCUCAUUUCACCACGUACCCACUGGCUAUGUACGCACACCGUCUGGUCGUCAUCCGUAAGGCUGUGGCGUCGCUCCUAAGCCGAUCUCCCACUACUCUGGUAGUGAUCAAGUCAGCCAACACGGGCUACAAGGAUGUGUAUGGCAGCGACUGGCUCUCCUGGCAGCUCGACAUGGCACUCAGGGAAAUAUUCAAGGACUUGCCUCUGGUCCUCAUUGACGUUUGGCAGAUGACUUCCUGCCACUAUUCCCCUGAUAACAUUCACCCACCCGCUGUGGUGAUCCAAAAUGAAGUGGAUCUCUUCCUGUCCUUUGUUUGUCCGCAGUGAAAAAAAUUGAAGUCAUGCCUGUAAAAACAUUGUGCCUUACUGUAUACAAAAUGCUGUCUCCGAAAGGAAUCUACAGUAUAUGGGAAAAGGGAUUGUAAUGUUAAGACGAUAAUUCCUUUAAAAACUGUUUGCCUUCUUCAAAAUGAAUGUAUAGCUUUUCUAACUGGCCUUAUUUUAAAAUAAAAACUACUUUAACUAUGAACACUUGUCAAAACUAUGGCAAACCACAGAGCUCAAUGUUUUGUUUACAACCAAAAUCCCCUCAACCUUAAUAAUUUCUGUUUCUCACACAUUUCUGAGAAUAGCAUAACUAUUAAUAUCCACAGAAAAUCGAUUAAAGAGAAGUGCUGAUACUCAUUGCUCCUGGUUGUAUUUUAAGCACUUCAUUAGAUUUUCAUUUAAAUAUUAUUUGAUAGAUUGUUAUUGACAUUUACUACAGAUUAUGUGAAUUUACUUUUAGAUACAUUAUGUGCAAUUGAGAAGGACACAUGAGAUUCGCGGUAAGAAACUCKUUGCAGGUUUUGAAAAUAGUGUUUUACUUUUAAUCUUACCCUGUGAUGUCACAGAUACCUUUAUUUUUAUCCACAGAUUAUAGAAAAGCAAGUGACACAAUCUAUUGUUAGAUUGUUGUUUACUCAGUACUUUGUUGAAGCACCUUUGGCACUGAUUACAGUCUUAAAUAUUCAUGGGUAUGACGAUACAAGCUUGGCACACCUGUAUUUGGGGAUUUUCUCCCAUUCUUCUCUGCAGUUCUUUUCUCUAAUAAGAGUCCUUCAAUUUAAACAUUGAACAGGAAGGACAAACCUUACAGGUUUGGCUUAUAUAUUUUGAAAUAACUUUUAUUAAAAACAAGAACAGUUUCAUAACUUUUUAAAAUAAAUAACAUUGUUUUA